CACAUCAUCCAUGACACAAAAGCCUGAAAACAGACUGAUUCAUUGACUGGUCAUGAUAUAUUUGUGACAUGUUGUGUAGAUGCUUUUCAUUCACUUCGUUCCGUUUUCGCUGAAAAGGGAUUUUAAUUGUUAUUUCGUGAUUGUACAAUAAUGAGAAUCGGAGGAACCAGCGGCUGGUAUCAACCCUUAGAAACUCGAUACUUUACUUGGUUUCAGGACAGUUUAUUUCAUGGAGAAUAAUUCAGUGGUGGAAAUGGUAGAUUCUCGAGUGCAUUAUGGAGUUUUGUCUGGAGGAAACAUGUCUGCAGAACAUCAUGAUGAAGACCACACAAUGACAGAUGAAGAGUUUGAGUUUGUGGAGUUGAUACUGACCGGUGGGUCACCCUGGGGUUUUACUGUGAGAGGAGGGCUGGAGUAUCAUGAACCGCUGCUCGUUACAAAGGUGGAAGAUGGAAGUCCAGCGUCACUGGGUCGACUUCAGAUCGGUGAUGAGAUUGUCAGCGUGAACUCGCUUCUUCUCAGUGGAUACAGACAGGAGGCCAUUUGUCUGGUGAAGAGCUCUCAUAAGAUGCUCUCUCUGGGAAUAAAACGGAGGAAUGAGUCUUCAUGUAGACCUCAUUCCUGGCACUCCGCAAAACCCACAGAAAACCCAACCACAGACAUCACUAAAUCUGAACCCAACCCUGCAGCUGAACAUACCUGGCAGACAAAAUAUGAUGCAGGUUCACCAACGAAAGAUAACACCAGCUGUUGGGGACAGACAAAUCUGCGAAAAGUGUCCUGCCAGUUCAGCUCAGUGGGAAAUAUGGAAAGUGUAGAGCCCUCAACUCACGCUUUCUCAAAAGAGCCAGCGUUAUCGAACAAGCCCGAUGGUGUAGAAGAUCACCCAAUGGUUGAGAAAGCUGCCAACAAACAUAUCUCUGCAUGUAACACAUUUUUGUCAGGCUCAACUGACCACAGUGCACCUCGGGGUAUCAUCCCCACAGAGGGUAUGUUUUACAGAGGCACUCCAAAUGAGAUUGGAGUUCCCAGUGACUGCCACAGAUACCUACAGCUUCCCAUGGGAAAUGGUGGACGAGUGAGUCCCAGCAUGGAGGAUCAAGCUGGCUCCAAAUUUUCCUCUUCUGGGAGAUCAAACCAUGGGCCUGUGUGGCAUGUUCCUGAGAAUAAAUUGUUAACUAGUGCAGCUUCAUCUGCACCACCUCCUCCACUGCGUAGUGAUAGUUUCACUGCCACCAGAGUUCAUGAGAAGACCAUGGUGGGGUCCUUUCCUGAAGGACUUCCUGCUUUUCCACAACAGAAGUCUCACUGUAGAGCUGUGGACAGACCGUUUGAUGACCACCAUGCCAGUGACAGAGGACAUGAAGUGAGACGUAGUUUUAACCUACCUAUAAAGAAAGAAUUUCUUCAUCCAUAUCUUUCAGUUGAGAACUACAAGCCAAAUCAGCAAAACCCUAAUAAACAGUUUUCCCAUUCAAGCACUGAUGUAAGACAAGGCCAGAACCCAUUUACAUAUGAGCUUCAGCAUCAGAGACAACACAGCGAUGAGAGUCCUUUCUCCAUGUACCCAGGUACUACAUACACACCAAAGACCCAGAGCAUUGGGAACUACUACCGAAGCCUUCAAGAUCUGCCUAACAACACAGGCAGUCGAAACCAAGGGAGAACCUCGACAGCUUCCCUCUCGAACACAGCUUUUGACCACAACCAUGAAGGCCAGUCUCAUUUUCGUUACUACUGCAUCACUGCCCAGCAGCCAUCCUUGGAAUCAUCUACCUUUGCACAGGGAUGGAUGGGUGAUGAAUGGAGGUCAGAUACAGGGACUACACAAGGUGUCACAGAAAGAAGCUUUGUUGGUUCUCAGAAGGUCAUAAAGACAAAGUAUCCCCAACCCUACCUUAGUCUUCCUGAGAAAAAGAGCUCCAGUGGUUACAGCAAACAGCAGACCAUCAGUCUUCCCUCAAGCGAAGCUGCAUCUCUUGGACCAGAUCAUGUUAUCUCAAAGUCCAGCUCUGGAGAGAGGGAAAGAGAGGGUCAAAAGAAGAAAUUUGCAGAUAUUAAGCAGCAGCCCUCCAGGCAGGAAUUAAACCACCAGGCAGAGCAUAAAAACCCUGUCUCCACUUACCACCAAGACAAUCCAUGGAUCAUCAAGCAAGAUCAAAAGUUCUGUCCUCAGAAGACCCCCAUGUUGCAUUCUUUGGCCCAGGAGAGCAAGAAGAUGGCAGACAGAUCAAUAAUAACAUCCAAAGUAGGAGGCCACCAAGAAACAACUGAUUCCCUUGGUGGCAAACAGGGAAGAAGGAGUGAUCGCUACGCAACUACUCUGCGCAAUGAAAUCCAACAGAAGAAAGCGCAGCUGCAGAAAAGCAAAAGUGCAGCUACCUUGACCUGCCCAAGUGAAGUUGAGGAGGACUCUGGUAUCUGGAAGUCCAAUGAGACCUCUACAUCCUCAUCUGAUGGUUCCUUCACCAACACCUACAAGGAUCAUCUGAAGGAAGCCCAGGCAAAAGUUCUGAAGGCCACAUCUUUUAUGAGGAAAGAUCUGGAGCUCCCUGGGAAUGAAGCUUCACCUGGCCAAGCGCCCAACCGGCUUGGGCCCGUUCAUGGCCAAGUCACGCGCAUUGGAGGACGCAAACGGUUUUCCAUGGAUAAAAAAAUACAUUCUUUCUCUGAACCAGACAAGAUCAAUGAAGUAGGAGUUGAAGAUAAACUUGUGUCCUUUGUGGACCGAUAUAAAUUCUUUGAAGAUUCCUGUAGGCUGACCCUCCAGAAGCCUAUUCCAAAGCAGUCCCUGCUUGGUCCCAGUGAAGACCUUGAUGAGAGAAAGAGCAAAUUAACUGGUGACAUUGAAAGAAUCCUCAGAGCUCCCAUCAAACAGAGUAAAUCAAGUCAUUCUGACCUUAAUGCUGAGGAGCAACAACGGCUGGGUACAUUUGCUGAAUACGAAGCUACAUGGAACCUGAAGAAGAAGCCAUUGGAAAGAAGAACCACUGGCAGAUAUCGCUCAGCUGAAAACAUUCUGGACUCAGGCUUGGAUGAAUCCAACAGUGCAGUGUGUAUUCACGGAAGAUCUCGUUCCUCACCUUCUGCUGACUUCUAUGGUCAGAAUAUCCCUCUGCCACCCAGACAGUCUCCUGUGGAAUCUCCAUCGGAAUGCAAGGACCAACAGGAGACCUGUAUCACCAGUCUAUCUGAAGCCGAGCAUGAUCCUGUUAUCAUCUCUGAGCCUCUGGAGUCAAUCACACUGAAUGUUCUGGAAAAAGAACACACAACAGCUCCUCUUCUUUUGAACCAGAGACUAAGACCUGAUUCCAGGCACCCACCACCCCUCUCCUCACAUCAUUUCCAGGUUCCUAUGUCUGGGCAGAUACUUCCAAAAAACAAAAUGCUUGAACCACAGAGGUCUGCCCAGGUUAGAAUGGACAAACAGCUGGAAACCAUGGGCCCUUCCAGAGUCACACAGGAAGUGCAGCCCAUUGCACAGGGCAUCACAGCAGUUCGAACUCCUUCCCCUGAUCCAACUCAAGGAUCCACAAGACCCUGUUCUACACAUUGCCCUUCAGAACACCUGGAGAGAGACAUGUUCUUGACUACAGAACCAGAAAACUGUCAGAAAUCAGACAGCGGGGGGCUGUUUUCUCUUUUAGGUCGUUCCUCCAUUUCUCCCCAGAGGAAUGCUGACCUGACCAUAACCUCAGCCAACAGAGCACGUUCUCCAUCUCCACAGUUUAUUCCACAAAGACUUACAGAUGAACCUCUGACAACUGUGCAGAAAAAAUAUCUACACAGUUAUAAGACGGAGGAAACACCAGAACCAAACACUGCUGGGCGCAAAGUCCCCAUACAGACUGUCUAUUUAGAGAACGGUUCCGAAAGAGACCGAAGAAACUAUCUGUUACAUGGUGAAACAUCGGGAGACUCUGAGUUUCUUAUAACUUCCCAACUAAAACAACUAGAUUCUCCAGAGCAACCCAAGUCACUGUUUAGUGCCUGUGCUCGCCCGGAUCCCAACAGAAACACUGACGGGACUUCCUCACAACAUCAAAUCGACAACGAAACAGUAUUAGAAAACACAGAACCAGUGAGGACCGACGGUGGGUCCGAGCACUCUGAAGAGGACUUAAAAAGAGAGGAACUGGCCAGAGAUAUCAUGGGAAAGGACAAGAGUCUGGUGGACAUUUUGGAUCAGAGUAAGAUGAAGACCACUAUGGAUCUGAUGGAGGGAAUCUUUCCUCAAGGGGAACAGCUCCUGGAGGAGGCGCAGCUAAGGAGGAAGGCCACCUCCAAACAGACACCUCCCAAAAAUACACAGCAGAGGGUGGAAGACAGUUUGGCUUCAUCAGUGUCAUUAGUGAGCAGUUCGUCAUAUUACAGCACAUCGGCACCCAAAGCUGAGCUGCUUAUAAAGAUGAAGGAUCUUCAAGAGCUCAUGGAGGAGCAGGAUUCGGAAGAUGAACUUGAUUAUGACCUUUCCAGCAAGAAGCAAGAGUUGAUCGACAGCUUAAGCAAGAAGCUUCAGGUUCUGCGAGAUGCCCGUGAAAGCCUUCAAGAGGAUGUACAGGACAAUAAUCUUCUCGGAGAGGACGUGGAGUCCAACGUACAGACUGUCUGCAAGCCAAACGAGCUAGAGAAGUUCCGCAUGUUUGUGGGGGAUCUGGAUAAAGUGGUCAGUCUUCUGCUGUCACUGUCCGGCAGACUCGCUCGUGUGGAAAACGCCCUGAACAACCUGGAAGAGGGAACGUCAGCUGACGAGAAGAACACUUUGACAGAGAAACGGAAACUACUGAUUCGCCAGCAUGAAGAUGCUAAAGAACUGAAGGAGAACUUGGACAGAAGGGAACGUUUAGUGUUAGACAUUCUGGACAGUUGCCUGAGUGAAGAGCAUCUCGCAGACUACAAGCACUUUGUAAAAAUGAAGUCAGCACUGAUUAUUGAGCAACGCAAACUGGAAGACAAGAUCAAACUGGGUGAAGAGCAGCUCAAAUGUCUGAUGGACAGUCUGCCACUGGACCAGAGACUACUGUACUGAACAAUACUACACUCUAUACUAAUCUAUUCUGUGUUGUUCUGGACUGUACUACUCUCUGAUCAUCUAUAGUGAUCUAUAAUUAGCUAUACUGGACAAUACUACAACCUGAUAAACUAUAAUGAUCUAUAUACUGUGCUAUACUGAAUAAUACUGUGCUCUAUACUAAUCCAUACUGUGAUAUACUAAACUAUACUACAUUCUGAUAAACAAUACUACACUAUACUGCUCUAUACCAGACAAUACUACACUCUGAUCAACUAUACUAAUCUAUGACUGGACAAUAGCACACUGAACUGCAGUAUAGUAUAUAACUAUACUGAUAUAUACUGUGCUAAACUAAACAAUAAUACACCCUAUACUGAUCUAUACUACACUUCACCAGACAAUACUACACCCUAUUAAACUACCUAAUCUAUGCUGCACUGUACUGGACAAUACUAGACCCUUAUAUACUAUACUGAUGUUUACUGGACAAUACUACACUCUAGUGAUCAAUACUGCACUAUACUGGACAAUACUAGACCCUGAUAAACUAUACUGAUCUAUACUAAACAACAACACACUCUAUAGUGAUCAAUACUACUCUAUGAUAAACUAUUCUUAACUAUGCUAUGCUUGACUAUCUGUAUUUUAUAUCAGCUUGUGUGAAUUAAUUUGAUUUCUUAAUACUAGCACAAAAUAAGUUCCCAUUACUGCACAAAUGCUCUGGAAGUGCUGUAUGGAAAUGCUACAGUAUAUGCCUUUUUGUAUGACUGAUUUUCAUUGAGUCCAGUUUUCCAUAAUAUAGCAUUUUUAUCAUAGUUGAAUUCAUGCUUUGAAUUUUCAGGCAUAUGAAAUCUUCUGUUGUUUUUUAAGGAUCUCUUUUUAGUCCACAUAAAAGGUUUUUUUCUACCUGUAAUUCUGAGUGUAAUUGUAUUUACAUGUUUAUCUCAUUUAUUUUGGUACUGAAUGACAGAUAGAGCAGUAUAUAAGGGUGCUAAUAACAGAAAGGUUACUUAGACAUUAGAUCUUGUUGCAUCUGUUUCUUCUUUACAAACAGCAAACUGUACAUUUAAUAGCUUGAUAUUUUCUUUCUGGAAUAAUGUUCAAUUGGUGGAAAGCAGCUUUAGAGAUGGACUGAUGGGCUGUAUUCCAAAAUAACCUAUUAGUGAAAUUUGUGGCCAAUAUUUCUGCUAUUCCCUUCUCACUGUGAACGAAAUUAAUUGUAUGAACUAUUUCAUGCUGGCAAGCAAAAUAUUGUUCAUAGACUGCAGUGUACUUCUACUAAAUUAAAUUAAAUGAAAACAUAUAUUGCAACUUUUUUAUUAAACUAAAUAAUGAUUAUCACUUACUCCUUGAAAAUGCUUCAUAAUAAUAAUGCUAUAUUUUGUAA